CUUGGACUUGGGUAAAUCCAAUUAAGCCAAGUCCAGCUUGAGCAACUCAACUGGUCAUCAUCGAGUGGGUUUGUUGUUGGAGUAUCAUAACAUUGGGCUCAAAAAUGCCAAACCAAAGCUGUUGGGUUCGUUUCUUGCUUUGCGAUACAUUAGCUUAGCUCCAAUCCAAAGUCAAACGGUGGUUAGAACUUUGCUAUGGAUGCUGCACAGGUAGAGGAAGCUUUGAAGGUGUUGGACGCCUCUCUCUCUUACAUCAAAUGGCGUCUUAAAUCUUCUGCUAAACAUCGACUCCAGAUAGAUGUUCUGGCCUUGUGCAAUGGAAUGAGGCCAGUUGUGAUGAUUGACUAUGGUGGAAAGAUGCCUGAAUUGCAAGAACGUCUAUGUGCAUUUCUUGAACACUGCCAAAAGGAAUCAUCAAUUUUUGAACAGCUAAGAGUAAUGAUUAUAGAAGAUAUGAUAUAUUUGAUCCAUGUAAAAGAAAUGGCCAAGCAUGUGAGUUCGAGUUUGAGCUCAGAAGUGGAACUGCUAUUUGUGGAUCUAGAACAGGAUCCUCCCAAGAUGAGAACACUAGAAGACAAAAAUUUACUAGGGAUGCAGCUUAUAUCAAUUCAGAAGUUGUUCUCUUUAUAUUUUCCUCUUGAAGGAGUGAGAAAUGAUCUCUUGCCACCUGACAGGACAGAAUUCAGGGUAGAUACCAAAUCCUUAAGUGAGCCUAUCAAUUCUCAAUCUUCUUUACUUAUGGAUCUCAGUAGCUGCAUGCAUGACACUAAGGUCACUGUGCCAACUAUAAAUGGAUGGCUUCUUGGUUAUCCAGUAGUGUACUUGUUUAGCAAGGAUCAUAUCGGAGAUGCUAUUUAUAACCUUUCCACCAAAUUUCUUCGCAUCUACAAAAUUUUGGUAUACAGGAAGAGUGCCCCCAGUAAAGGAUCUCACCCUGAAGAACUGAUGAGUUUUUCAGUGCCCUAUGAUCUGAGCAUGAGAGGGAGCAAUGAACCAUGGGCAGAGAUGUUUUUGGGUGGCUUGCAGUCAAAGUGGGAAACGUGCAAACAAACCUGGAGCUGCCUGGAAAUGGAGGUUAGCGAAUGCUAUCCACAGGCAAUUGCAUUAUAGAAAAUGGUCUAUGACCCUAAUGAUAAUUCACCCUCUUUCCGUAUGAGCAUAUUAUCAUGAACCAUUAUGCAUUUGGACCAUGACCAUGGGGUUUUGACACAAUAAUUAUGUAAUUUUUUUUAUAUAAAAAGAUCAUAACUUGAGAAAUA